GCCUUGUGUGCUCCUAUAAACGAUGUGGUAUUUCCUGUCUCGACCGCACCAAAUAGUAUAGCAUGGCUUUUCAGAUGUGCGUUAGUUUCACUGGUGGUCCAUGUAUUCUCCUCAAACCGCCGAGCUAGACAGUACGGUUUGGGCAUUUUGUUUUGUUUUGUUAUGCUUUGCUUUUAAGAAUUGAUAAGCGAGGAGUCUAAGCAGCGGUACUCUCACAGUGGUCAAUUUAAAAAAAAAAAGUGCUGUGUCUUUAUAUUUAUAAGGAUGUGCAAAGAUGCAUCUUUUAAUUCCAGGAUCGUGAAUCCAGAAGAAGACUGGGAAGAUUUUAUUUUUAAUAUGACGGACACGUAUAUCAGUAAAUUCUGACUGUUAUUUUGCAAUACUGACACGGUGUGGUAUUUAGCUCGUACGAGAAGGCGGCAAUGGGAUUAAGCAGUUUUUUUGCACCGUUUUAUGGAACCGUAAACAAUUCAUGAGAAGAUCUGAUUUUCUUCAUUAAAAAAAGGUCUACCAACUGAUAGAUGGCUGAAAUAUAUCCUACUUUAUGUGAUGGGUGCAGAUCAGCUCUCAAAGUUUCAUACCUUUGAAGUUCAGUGUAUGAAGGUUCCAAAAUUUGCUGGUGGCUGUUUGUACAGUACUGUGGUAUGCAGUACACACUUGAAGAGUUCUGGAAUCUUCUUGGCAAUCCACAUCAUGGAACAAUUGAAAACGCACACAGCCCAGAGGAUGAAGGAGGAGAACUUGUUUCGUCGAAGAUUUUCUCUCUGUCCGAACACAUCCACUCCUCAGAAGAUCGAUCCACACAAGCUGACGAGGAACCUCUCCUAUGGGGGAGACAACGACAUCUACCCCCUGAGUCCAGAUACCGCUCUUGAGAGGAAUGGUCUACCAGUUCUGAAAGAUGAGGUCAGCAACACUCCCAUGUCCAACAGUAAGUCUGAUUCCAAGCUCUCCAAUGGCCAUGAUAAGGAGUUCACCUCGCCUACUGACAAGAUGACAAAGAAGGAGUCACUCAAGGUCCAGAAGAAGAAUUACAGACAGGAAAAGAAGAGAGCGGCGAAGGAGCUGUUCAGUGCGCUCAAGGACCCCAGUGUGGUAAUCAUGGCCAACUGGCUGAAGAUCCGCGGCUCUCUCAAAAGCUGGACGAAGCUGUGGUGCGUGCUGAAGCCUGGGGUGCUGCUGAUCUUCAAGACCCCCAAGGUGGACCACUGGGUGGGGACCACUCUCCUCAAUGCCUGCAAGCUCAUCGAGAGGCCUUCCAAAAAGGAUGGCUUCUGCUUCAAACUCUACCAUCCACUGGACAAGUCUAUCUGGGCCAUGAAGGGUCCAAAGGGGGAGAAUGUAGGCUCAUUCACACAGCCACUACCCAGCAGCCAUCUCAUCUUCAGAGCAGCCUCUGAGUCUGAUGGUCGCUGCUGGAUGGACGCUAUUGAACUGGCACUGAGCUGCUCCAGUCUGUACAAGCUCAGCUCCAAGCUGGGCAAGGAUGUGGACCUCUGCUGCUCCUCCAACUCCUCCCACAUCCUCAACCUGCUGCAGUCUUCCACCCUGUCCCAUCAAGAACUCUUCCAGAUGAAUGAGUCAGGAAAUCAUCAUAUGGAGAAUGAUGGCUAUUCUGACAAAUCAGAUUGCGGGGCCAAUGAAAGCAGCCGGAGGGUAACCGAGGAAAGCGACACGGACCAGUCAGAGACGCAGAAAGACGUCCUCGUCGAGCUGCAGGCAACCUCCUAUGUAGAGCAGGGCCGAGAGGAGAUGGCCGAGGCUGGAGUGGCGUCCCAGACGGAGACAGUCUCGGAGGAGAACAAGGGUCUGAUGUGGACCAUCCUGAAGCAGCUGCGGCCGGGGAUGGACCUGUCUCGCGUGGUGCUGCCCACCUUCAUCCUGGAGCCCCGCUCCUUCCUGGACAAGCUGUCUGAUUACUACUACCAUGCAGACUUCCUCUCCCAGGCUUCCGUGGAAGAGAGCGCAUACAGUCGAAUGAAGCAGGUCCUGAGGUGGUAUCUGUCUGGCUUUUAUAAGAAGCCAAAGGGGCUGAAGAAGCCAUACAACCCAAUACUGGGGGAGACGUUUCGUUGCUGCUGGCUCCACCCGGAGACCGACAGCUGCACGUUUUACGUUGCGGAACAGGUAUCCCAUCAUCCCCCUGUGUCAGCCUUUUAUGUCUGUAACAAAAAGGAUGGGUUCUGUGUCAGUGGAAGUAUCCUGGCCAAAUCUAAGUUCUAUGGUAACUCUUUAUCGGCAAUACUAGAGGGGAAAGCCAUGCUUUUUUUUCUAAAACGAGAUGAGGAAUACAUAAUCACGAUGCCCUAUGCGCACUGCAGAGGUAUUCUAUAUGGUACAAUGACCAUGGAGCUGGGAGGGAAAGUUACUAUUGAAUGUGAAAAAACAAAGUACACAGCAGAGCUGGAGUUCAAACUGAAGCCCUUCCUGUGCAUCAGCAGCAGCGUGAACAUGAUUUCAGGGAGGAUUCUUCUGGGCGAUGAACUGCAGGCCACUAUCGAUGGACACUGGGAUGGCGAGGUCUUUCUUUGUGAGAAGUCGUCUGGUGACCGCAAUGUCUUCUGGAGCCCCACUCCAGAGGUCCGCAGACAGAGACUCAAGAGACAGGUGGUGCAUCUUGGCGACCAGGGAGAGUUUGAGUCUGAACGGUUGUGGCUGCAUGUAACAAACGCAAUCAUCAGUAAAGACCAGCACAAGGCCACGCAGGAGAAGUUUAUUCUGGAAGAAGCCCAGCGGCAAGCUGCUAGGGACCAGGGAGACAGAGAGUGGACCCCACGGCUCUUCAGAAAGGACCCCAUUUCACAGGACUGGCUGUACAAAUAUGCAGACACCAACCCCUGGGAUCCUCAGAUGAACCUGGUUGAGUUUGAGAAAGACGGAGUGAUUCAGACCCUGGAGACAGACGGCAGGAGGCACAACGGCAUCAGCCACAGCAAGAAAUGGGCCACAAAGCAAAAGACGGAUUGCAAGCGGCGUAAAACCAGCCAGAACACCGAGAGCAGCAGCUCCACCCCGGAGCCCUCCCACGAGUCGUCCGAUAACGAGAGCAGGAAUACAGGAAUCGCAGUGAAACAACGGGGUUGUCGAAGCUCAGGCACGAAAUGUAUCAAAGAGGAAAGUGACAUGCCAGACAUUGAGGCAACCGUAGCAUCAAUACAGAGGACACAGCUGGAAAUGCAGAGGAACCUCAAUGCACUGACCCGCCAAGUAAUCCAGAGGAGAAACUCCUGGGACAACUUCAUCCUGAACUGUCGCUACUGGUUUAUAAUCUGCGUCCUGCUUGUGUUUCAACUCUUCAUAAACUACAUCUUCAAAUGAAAAAGAAAAGGCCCCACACUGAGCAAUAAAUGAUCAAAACACAUCCGUCACCACCAGUCAGCUUUGGAAUGCCAACACAAGAGUCGGAAGAGGCACCAAGCACUUUGAAAAACUGAUAUUGAAGAAUAUAAAUAAUAAUAAUAAUAAUAAUAAUAAUAAUAAUAAUAAUAAUAAUAAUAAAAUUAAUAAAUACAUUAUUAUAUACGUCAUAGGUUGCAGGACUAUUAAUGUUGUCGUAAAGGCACUUUUUUAAUGCCUCUUCUGUCCCACCCAGUCACCUAUACAAAAAAAAACACCACCCCUAUAUGUUGGCCUUAACGCUAAAGCCAAAAACGGACUUGUGCAAUUCUCUUUUUUUUAAUAUAUAUAUAUUCUGUAUGUAUAUAUCAAAUAGGUCUUGUUGUAAUAACGAAUUACCAAAUCAGUAUUUCUAAUAAUCUUUAAAAGAGUACAUGUUUACAAUUUGAAAUGUGUAGUAAUGAGGCAGUUGGGGGGGGACACGCUGUGGAGAUGUGGAUGUUUUAAAGGCUGUUUUUCUUGAGACGUGUGUUGGACGUGUACAGGAAAGACUGGAAGAUGGAUCUUUCUCUCCCUGCUCAGACCCAGACUGCCUUAACUUCUCUGUUGGUGAUCUGUAGCCACUGGCACGCUGUGUUAAUUCGGUGGUUGUCUCUUCACUACAAGCUCAGUUGCAAGCCAGCCCUGCAUUUUUUUUUUAUACUUUUUUUCCACAAGGCAAAGCUACAUUACUUGUAAAAUUAGAAAGUUGCAGUUCGGCAGAGUUUGUGCUUAAUAAUUGUAAAGUACUACAUUAAAAUUUUACUGAAUGACUUUCUUGAUUUUUUUUUUUUCUUCAUGAUUUUCUGUUUGUGACCGGUGUUGGAAAUGUGUGCCAUUGUUUUGCUUUUUUUAUUCCAUGUUUUUUAAUACUUCUUUAUACAUGUUAAAAUUAAGGUAGGUCGCUGUACUUAGUGCACAUCGUUAUCACCCCACAUACAUAGAAACUAUGUCAGAAGUUAGCACUCCAUGUUUUUGCUACUGUCUUAUGCAUAACUGGUGGGAUGUGUUUGCCAUGGGAUAAAUACAAGCUGUACAAUUUUUCAUGAACUAUAUUAAUUUGGGCGUUUACCCAUAGACAGUAAUAGAAAAUAAAUUGUAUUUUUUCUAAAGUA